AUGGUUUCUUGUGGACCACUGACAACUCCUGGUGCUUCAUCUUCAACUAUGAAAGUAGCAGCAGCACUUGAUCGACUAACAGAUACAUCAAAAUACACUGGCACAUAUAAGCAAACAUUUGGAGACACGGGCAAGGGCAAGGGUAUUACUGAAAAGAAAGACAUAGUUGAUUCUUCUGGAUAUGUCCGCGGUUUUCAAUAUAAAUAA